GCUCCCUCUCUUCUGCUGCCUCACUCAUCCUUCCUCUCUGGUCCUGCUGCACCACAGUGAAGAUGUCAGACAUGGACAAAGCUCUGCAGGAACUUAAGUCCUUUAAGGUUCCACCUGAGCUCCAUUCUGCUGCUGAAACUUUGUUGAAGUAUUAUCAGGAAUGCUCUCAUAACAAAGAUCUCAAAGACUUCUACGACUGUCUCCGUAAACACAUGAGAAAGCCUAACCCAGAAAUACAGAAGAAGUCUCCAGAGUCUGGUCGUGGAGGAUGGAGGACAGUGAAGGUCCACACAGUCACUACAGGGGAAACCUUUGGUGCUGGUGAAGCUCUGAUGAACCAAGUGGAAACACCUGUGCAGCUUCAUGUGCAGAGGACAAGCAGGAACGAUUGCCACGUGGUUGUUCUCUUCUGUCCAAUCAACUCUCGUGUUGGUUCAGAUGUGGAAGCUGCCAUGACUCAGGUGUCAGCAGAUGUUGAAAAAGUCAUUCUGGUGCUGAUGCAUCACACCCGAGAUGUCGACUACUCAACCUCUGUGAGAAACUGGUCUGAAACGUAUCGGCACGUCAUCAUGACUGUGGAUGUUCUCUUCCACGAGACUGAGCCAGGAUUACUGACAUGUCAAACAAACAGGGAGGCAGUCCGUAAAAUACAGAACAUGUUACUGCAACACAGUAGCGAGGCCGGUUUUAUCACCCGUUUACUGAGAUCUGCCCUUUCACUGUAGGUACCGUUGCCUUCUUCUGCCUGUCUGUGUUUCGACCCUGACCACGUCUCUCAGUGGAUUCCUCGCCUGUUUCCUUUGGGCUUGCCAGUUUUUCUGGAACGCUGUCGUCAGGAUUCAUUGAUUUAGAUCAAUAAACUGCCUGAUUGUUAA